AUGCCUCGAAAGGCAUAUAUUGCUGAUGUUGCGAAAGUUACCGCGCAAGAGAUACCCGGCAUCAACAGCAUUGCGAAGGGUAGCGAAGAUGGAGAUCUCAACAUCUGCUUUCUUCCCUCUUCUGGCAUAGCAAUUGAGAUUGGCCUGCUUGCUUUGGAUGUCAGCGAAUACCCCGAUGGAAACACAUAUAUGAUUUCUACAAUAUCCGAGAAUGUGCCAGAAGGUGUUAACAACUCUCUGGAUGCUGUACAAGAGACGUCUGCGGGAAUGUCAAUUCCAGAUUUAGUCGCUGCGAUCUCGAAGAAGUUACUCAAGCUCCUGGCUACGGGGUCUCGAGAGGACCCGCUUGACUUAGACGGUGCUUCCGACGCAGUCUCAGAUAUGGAGAUGACGGACGAUGAAUCCGAAAAUUACAGUUCAGAUGAUGACUGGGGCAUGGAUCCGUCAGGUGGAGGAAGAGCAAUGUCCACGACAAUCAAGCUAAGUCCACAAGAUGCUGCCAAGAUUAAUCGACGCAUCAGAGCAGAUCUGCGAGCUGUCAAGCUGGCUGGAUUCAGAAUAGGAAUUUUGAACGGGUUGAAGGCCGACUCUGUGUCUAGUAUGCUUAGUAUUUCCGUCCAGGUUGCUAAACUUGGACUUUCCGACGAAGCCAUCCAAGCUUGGGAUUUAGAGCCCCAGCAGUACAUAGUACUUUUGAUUCGAUAUUCCAACGGCUACAAGGACUUUGAGACCAUUAUGAAGGAGGCCGCCAAGUCGGCAGACAUUGAUUUCCGAAUCGGGUUCAGCAACAAAUAUAAACCUACACAUCUCGAAGCUGUUGUAGCAUUUACAGAACUUGCCAAAAACGCCCAAGAUUCCCCUGAGGCUGCGAAUGCAGAUUCGGAAAAACUGGAAAAGAAAGCCGCGGGCUUUUCAAAUCUCUUUAUCAGCAGCUCUUUGAACGAGUUUAUCAAUCAGACAUUCAUCUCUCUACUCAAGAUCCGAGAUAGUAUUGGCGUGAAUUGGCUUGGUGCAAAGUCUUGGUACAACGACAAUCAAUCACGAAUAGAUGUCCCGAGUGCUGAGUUACCAGAGGAAUAUUACGUCAAGGACGUACACGAAAGUACUAUGCCGGACAUGUUGGCGAAGGACCACCUCGAUGAUGACCAAGCGACACAGAUCUCUGUACCUCUCAUUGCUGCGCAAUUUUCUUUGCGGUAUUUGGUUCGCUGUACAGAGUAUUGUCUUGUUUGUCAUGACAAGAUUGAAGAACAAUUUGACGCGCUGAAGCCAUAUGUGUGCAGCAAGCCGCUCUGCCUCUACCAAUACAUGAGUCUGGGAUUUGGACCAAGUGUUGAGCAUGAGAUCAUGACUCAGCCAUAUGUUGUGGAUCUCCUGGUCAGCUUCUGUUAUUCAAGCGCAAUGAACCAAAGACUUCGAGAAUAUCCUACUGGUAUGAGUCUUGCAGUACCCGCAGUCAUAGAUCGUCGUACCAAUUACCAGGCAAGUAUGCGCCAACGUGAUGCACAACAGCCAGGCAAGACACUCGGCUUUAGUGACGAAUCCGCCGAGAUCUUAACGGACGUCAAGGUAGACUUCAAUCGCCACGAAGUUGUAUUUGAUGGGAGUCAAGGGGAAAGCCCUGUCCGCAAAGGCGAUUGGGUCAUUGUGACAACUGGUGGUCGACCUGCGGAUCACUAUCGUGUUCAGGACACAUCCCUGUUUCCCACAAUCCAGCUGGCUGAAACUGCUGUCACUCAGAAAGCGGCUGAUUCCAUGUCUGUAAACACGCCUGUCGAUGCACCCGUUGUUGCGACCCCUGCCACAACCCCACCGCCACCGUUUUUGAUUCCAGCAACAUUUCAAAUAUACAAUAAAAAUUUUGACGACAUGGAUGACAUUUCCAAGUCGGAGACGAUCAUCACUCUUCUCGAGACUUUGCCAUCUGUUGUAGAGAUGAGAACAUAUCUCACUCAGCAGUGUCGCCGCUCUGAACCUAGUCUCUUUGCCUGGAAUGAUCGUGUAUCGCCAGCAGCUUUGGGAUUACUUCGGUGGAUUAUCGCUUCCAAUCGUUCAUGCAUCGUGCAGGUCGAUAGGUGCCCAGGCCAAGAUGAUCAAGACGUUGCUAAGGCUAAAGUCAAGCUUGACCAGAGAAUCUCUGGUAUAUCUGAGCAUUGGGUUCAAUUCCGAUUCGCUCAAGGUGCCCCAGACAAGGAGCAGAAAUUCUUGAACGCUCUUAAGACACAACAAGCAAAGCUUGAUCCCAAACAUCCAACUUUGUUUGCGUGGCAUGGCAGCCCACUUCAAAACUGGCAUAGCAUCAUUCGAAGUGGACUAGACUUUAAGGAAACCCUCCACGGCAGAGCGUAUGGUCACGGGAUUUAUCAUGCACUUGAUCAGAAUAUUUCUGUUGGCUACGCAAUGCAGAGUACUACAUCCUGGCAGGGAUCUGUCCUGAAAAUAAAUUCAGCAAUGAGUUUGAAUGAGAUAGUGAACUGUCCUUCGGAGUUUAUAAGUUCUACACCUUAUCUAGUAGUGCAGCACAUCGACUGGAUCCAAUGCAGAUAUCUUCUGGUUCAAGUCUCAGGGGCCGCUGGUAGGGAUUCACAGAAUAUAGCAGCUCAAAAUCCAGCUGAUCCGGGCUUUAUUGAAACUAGUUCUUCCCUGGAAGUCGCACAAGAUCCCAAAUUUACAGCGAGAUCUACCAUCAACAAGGCGAUUGGUGUCCCACAGUGUGCUAUCUUAACGUCUCGGAGUUUCCGCGUUGACAAUACGGAUGAUACUCGACAAAAUAAGAGACGCAAGCAUUCUAUUACGGUUGAGAAAUUAUCGACAGUUGCAGCGAGUGAUUCCGAUGAGAUGGAAGAUUUGAUAUUUCUCUUAUCUGACGAAGAAGAUAAUAUUGAGAGAGGCAAGGGUAAGGAAGAGGAACUGGUUGUGUUAGGUUCAACAUUAAAGCUUUCUCCCAAGACCGAUUUUGUCCCAGGUUCCCUUGAUCAAUCAAGUCUUCCGAUGUUAGAGCCACCGGCGUAUGCGACAACAAUGGCUACCAAAGCUUUGAACAGGAAUUUGAAGGAGGUUCUGGAAGUUCAGAAAAAGAUUCCGCUUCACGAGCUAGGCUGGUACAUCGAUGCCAAUUUGAUCAACAACGUCUAUCAGUGGAUUGUGGAGCUGCACUCUUUUGAGCCAAAUCUACCCAUUGCGAAGGACAUGAAGAAUGCCGGAAUCACUAGCGUCGUUCUUGAAAUCCGGUUCGGAAAGGACUAUCCCCACUCUCCACCGUUCGUAAGAGUCAUUCGGCCUCGAUUCUUACCCUUCAUGAACGGAGGGGGUGGUCAUGUUACUGGCGGUGGUGCGAUGUGUAUGGAGCUGCUUACUAACUCUGGCUGGAGCGCCGUCUCAUCUAUUGAGAGCGUCCUUCUCCAGGUGCGCAUGGCAAUCUCAAACCUCGAACCAAAACCCGCGCGUCUAGAAAGCCAGGGUAAGCAGCAGCAGCGCGACUACGGGAUCCAUGAGGCAAUUGAUGCUUAUCGCCGUGCUUGUGCAACACAUGGAUGGCAGGUCCCUCCUGACUUUGGUGACUUCGGUACGGGCAAUGUAUCGAGCGGGUCUGGUGGAAACUAA